AGUUUUAUUUAAAAAAUCAAGUUAGUGGGAAAAAUCAAGUUGGAUUUUCCCACUAACUAGUGGUUUUUGAAGUGUUUCUUCAAGGCAAUGACACCUAUCUUUUACAUGCUAAUGGAGUUUGAAGUGGAAGGCAUGCAAGACAUGUUUUUGCAUGCAUUUGGUUUUUAUAUAGGUGAUGACGAUCACUUGGAUAAAGCUAAUGCUUACUUGCAUAAGUGCAUAAUUUUUCCACUCAAAUUUCUACUGUCUUCUCCUAGCCAUUAGUGUUUUCCCAUGGUUUUCACUCAAAAUUCGGUCCCACAACCGUGUUCAACAACCCGAGGAUAGCACGAAUUUGUCGUUGGUGGUCCCAUUGAGUUAGGAGAAGAAGUUAUAAUGGAGGUCUUCAAAGGAUGUCUCGUGUUUUCAUAACAUUUGGUGGAGAAUGGAAAGAUAGUGAAAAAGAUUACGUUGAUGGUCGCACGAAAGGAUUGACAGUGGAUAGUACAACGACGUACAGAGAAUUUCAAGGCCAAAAUGUGCCCUCGAGUUGUAUGCCGACAACUUGUAUUCCUCAAUUCCAGAGACCCACAGAUCCAAUACCUUCAUUUCCUUCCUCAUCAUCGAACCCCUCUUCUUCCCAACAACCACACCCCUAUUACAGGCAUUUAGGUCAUGAUAUAGCGGGUUUAACACCAUUGGAAUCAGAUGUUGUUCCAUGUAACCUAGGAGAUGACAGGGUAUGUGAUUGGAAUGUGCCGGGAUUAUGGAAUGAUAAUCAAGAUGAAAGUGAUGAAUCAUAUGACCCAUUGGGAGAGUCAGAAGAAGGAGACUAUGAAGCAGAAUUUGUGAAUGAUGACUAUGAUGAUGCACUUGAUGAAGAGUCUGAGCCCGAUGUGGAACAGGUACAAGCUGAUUUCGUAGGGAUGAAGCAGCGGUCCGACAAAUGGGGUGUGAUGGUCUCACUGGACUGCCUAAUGAUGAGAAGUUGCAACUCAUAGUACAGUCUUCUGGAACAAAUGAUGUUAAGGAGGGCGAAGUAUUUGAUAUGAAGAAGGAGUUGAGUUUGAGAAUGCAUUUAGUUGCAAUGCGGCUGAAUUUUCAGUUUAAAGUAAAAAAGUCGACACCCGAACUAUCUAUACUACGCUGCGUUGAUACUAGUUGCACCUGGAGACUUCGAGCUACAAAACUGAGGGACUGCAAUCUGUUCAAGAUAAAAAAAUAUUAUAUCAUCCAUACAUGCAAUGGUGGAGUUUUGAAACAGGAUCAUAGGCAAGCCAAGAGUUGGGUGGUCGAACAUCUUGUCCAAGCGAAGUUUACAGACUUCUCCCGCACGUAUAGACCGAAGGAAAUAAUACAAGACAUGAGGAAGGAGUAUGGUGUGAAUUUAAGUUAUGACAAAGCUUGGCAGUCCAGUGAAGAAGCACUUUGACUUAUUAGAGGGAAUCCAGCUUCGUCAUACGGUCUACUACCAGCUUAUGGUGAAACAUUAAAAAUCAUGAACCCAGGUACUAUUUUCGAAUUGGAACUCAAAGAUGAAAAAUAUUUCAAAUAUCUCUUUAUGGUUUUGGGUCAAUGAUUAGAGGGUUUCUGGCUUGUAUUCGAUUAGUGUUGGUUGUCGAUGGGGCCCACCUAACCAGA